AUAAUAUCUCUCUCCCAAUUAUCAAAAGAAAUAAACCCAGCAACACCCACCCUCUUCACCUUCACGUACGAAGAAGCAAAACCCCUCUCUCACCUUCACGUACGAAGAACCAAAACCCAGCGCCGUCCUCACCUUCAAUUCGCACCCAAAACGCAGCAACCCAGCGCCGUUCUCACCUUCGCAAGAACCAGCGCCGUCCUCUCUCUCAACUCACCACCAGCGCCGUCCUCUCUCUCACAAACCCUAACUCCAAAUCGAAGUUUAACUCCAAAUCGAAGCUUCUCAUUCUUUCUCCGGCCUCUACUCUCACGAAUCGAAGCUUGUUUUUCUCUCUCACAUCGAUUCAGGUUCUCAGGAUUCAUAUGCGAAGUAAACAAAUUGGUUGGACACGCCAAAAAGUUCUUCAUAUCAUGGUUGCCACUUCCAACUUGGGGUACUGUAUCUAUUUUACAAGUACUGUUUUUGCAACUUGCAAUGGAUGGUAUUGCUGGUACGGUGUUUGCGGCUUUAUUCUUAUGGCCUCUCCCAAAGUCGUGUUUUUAGCAGCGUUUCUACUUCUGCUAUCGUUCUGGGUCGACCUUUGCCAUCAGGAAAAUGAAGAAGAAUUGGACGAUGAGGAGGAUAAUGUCGAGAAUAGGACACAACAGGCCUUGUUGGAAGGUAUCAUGAGGGAACAGCAUGGUUCAGGUCGCAUGAAAAGCCACCAGAGAUGCUGUUCAAUCCAAGGCAUUCAUAUUGGUAGUCAAUUGACUGCAUGUCUCUAUAGAGAAAUUAAAUGCAUCCAAUCCAAAUCCAUUUAG